AUGUCUGCAGUCAGCCGAAGCCUGCGAACCGCCUCGAGAUCAUUGCGCCUCCAAUCCUCCACCAACUUCCCACGGACAGCUGCCCUCCGUUUAUCAUCCCGCACCACUGCGAAGCUCGGAGCCGCCCCUAGAUUAUCAGCAGCCGUAAGCAUUGCGGCACCGUCGCGAACGAACUCCUUCUCCACAUCAGCAACUAGACAAUCUGCGCCCGCCAUGCCGUUAGAAGGACGAGAGUACGAUCCCGAGAUCAAGGACAUUGCCGACUACGUCCACAACAAGCCCAUUGAGUCGGAAUUAGCUUUCGACACGGCACGAUGGGUAUUCCUCGACACGCUUGGCUGCGGUCUCGAGGGCCUACGAUUCAAGGAGUGCACAAAGCUUUUGGGGCCAGUUGUUCCAGGAACCGUGGUUCCUAACGGCACCAAAGUCCCAGGUACCGACUUCCAGCUAGAUCCCGUCAAUGGCGCCUUCAACAUCGGCGCCGUGAUCCGAUGGCUCGACUACAAUGACUGCUGGCUUGCAGCAGAAUGGGGCCAUCCCUCUGAUAACCUGGGCGCCAUCCUCGCCGUCGCCGAUUGGAUCACAAGAACCAACAAGGCGGGCGGUAACCUAGCGGGUGGCAAGCAGUUCACCAUCAGGGACGUUCUGGAGGGCAUGAUCAAGGCACACGAGAUCCAGGGUUGCUUGGCUUUGCUCAACUCGUACAACAAGGUCGGAUUGGAUCACGUGGUGCUCGUCAAGGUUGCCAGCACCGCCGUGGUCUCCAAGAUGCUGGGUCUGAGCGAGAAGCAAACCGCUGAUGCCGUGACCCAGGCCUGGGUUGACGGACAGAGCUUGCGAACGUACCGCCACUCGCCCAACACCAUGUCGCGAAAGUCAUGGGCCGCCGGUGACGCAUGCCAGCGAGCUGUGAGCCUGGCUCUCAAGGUGCUCAAGGGUGAGCCUGGCAUCCCCACCGUCCUGUCUGCCCCCGUUUGGGGAUUCUACGAUGUCCUGUUCAAGGGCAACAAGUUCGAAUUCCAGCGCCCUUACGGCAGCUACGUUAUGGAGAACGUCCUGUUCAAGGUGUCAUACCCGGCCGAGUUCCACUCGCAGACGGCCGUGGAGGCGUCACAAAAGAUCCACCGCCAGCUCAAGGAGAUGGGCAAGUCGGCCGCUGACAUCAAGGCCGUCACCUGCCGCACCCACGAGGCUUGCAUACGCAUCAUCGACAAGCAAUUCAAGCCCAUGGACAAUUUUGCCGACCGUGACCACUGCAUCCAAUAUAUGUGCUCCGUCAUGCUCGUAUUCGGUCGCCUCGAGGCUACCGACUACACUGAUGGCGGCGAGGCAGCCACAUCUCCGCUCGUCGAGUCUCUCCGCCAGAAGAUCAAGUGCGUCGAGGACCCACAGUACACCCAGGACUAUCACAACCCUGAACUUCGCACCAUCUCCAAUGCUCUUACUGUAGAGCUGAACGACGGCACUACGUUGGACGAGGUUGUGGUUGAAGCACCUCUCGGCCACCGUCUGCGAAGAGAGGAAGCUAAGCCCCACAUCCUGGCCAAGUACAAGAGACAUCUUGGCCCGCACUUCUCGGAAUCGCAGGUUAAGGAGCUAAUUGACCUGGGUAUGGAUGGCAAGAAACUGGAGGCCAUGGCGGUGGAUGAGUAUGUUGACAAGUACGUCGUCAAGGACAGCAAGUUCGUUUAG